AAAAAAAAAAAGGACAUGUGGUGUUUAAAUGUGUUAAACUGUCGUACAGAAAUGAUUUCAGCUCCCACGUUAAGAACACGUUAAAUGCUGGCGGUAACAUCACGGAGGCAGGACUUGUAUGAGGUCCUUGUUCGGUGUUUUCGCUAAAAAAAAAAAAAUAAUAAAAAAAAAAAGUUAAAAUGGAGCUCCACGACGGCCAGAGUUCGGCGGCGGUAGGUGACGGAGUGCUCGAUUUCUCCCGCUUGCGUCUGACCAGUUUUACCGGCGACACCGUCAGCGAGGAGAGGAAAAGAGAAACCAGACAGCUGUACUUGAACCACAACCGGCUGUCGUCGUUGUCGUCCUCCGUGUGCCUUUUCUCCAACCUGGAGUUUCUGGACAUCAGCAACAACGGACUUUCGGUCAUCUGCGAGGAUGUGACCCGGCUGACCAGACUGAGGACGCUCGUAGCCAGAAACAACCGACUGGACGAGUUCUCGCUGCCCAAAGAGUUCGGGUCUCUGCAGCUAGAGGUGCUCAACUUUAGUGGGAACCGGUUUGAGGAGAUCCCGCUUCAGUGCACCAAGCUGCCGCGUCUGCAGUCUCUGUCACUCGGUGGAAACAGACUGAGAAGUAUACCUGCGGAGAUAGAAAACCUAACCAGUCUGGAGUUGUUGUAUCUGGGUGGAAACCUCAUCUCAGCGAUACCUCCAGAACUGGCCAACUUGCCCUACCUCACCUACCUGGUGCUCUGCGACAACCAAAUCCAAAGUGUUCCCCCACAACUCACCAGACUCCACUCGCUCCGAUCCUUAAGUCUCCACAACAACCUGCUCACCUACCUGCCCAGGGAGAUCCUCAGCUUAGUCCACCUGCAGGAGCUCAGUCUCCGUGGCAACCCUCUGGUGGUGCGCUUUGUCAAGGAGAUGACCUACGACCCUCCCUCACUGCUAGAGCUGGCAGGACGUACCAUUAAGAGCCGAAAUAUCCCGUACUUGCCCUGUGAUCUGCCGUCGCCCCUGCUGCGUUACUUGGACCUGGCCAGCAAGUGUCCCAACCCCAAGUGCGCCGGCGUCUACUUCGACUCAUGUGUGCGCCAUAUCAAGUUUGUGGACUUCUGCGGGAAGUACCGGCUGCCUCUCAUGCACUACCUGUGCUCGCCAGAGUGCACAUCGCCGUGCAGUUCCAAUCCACAGAGCGAUGCCGAGUCGGAGGAGGAGAACAGUGUGCCUGCCGACCGCCUGCAGAGGGUCCUGCUGGGAUAGAAGGAAGAGGCUGGACUGGAUCCGUCACUGUAGAGGAACUCGACCACGUCAGACUGUGCGACGAACACAAAACAUUGGUGCUGGGAAAAAAAAAACUUAUGAUCUGGAUGUCUGUGUUCACACUCUUGCCACAUGCUCAUGUAGGUAGCACGAUCAAAGCAAGUGACUUGAGAUUUCCUGUGUUGCCUCACAAAUCCACAUGCCUUCACCAAACUGUCAGUCUGACAGAUGGCCACAGGAGGGCAGUAAAAAUCGCAUUUGGAUGACCACAGUGAUGAGCAGCAGAAUAGUUUAUCAAAUGACACUUUUAUUAGCUUCUUUUCCUGAUCAGCCAGAACAAUAGGAAGCUAUUUUUUCCUGCAAAAUAACAAAAUGAACAGCACAAUUGUUUUUUGUUUUUUGUUUUUUUUUUUGUUUGUUUUUUUUGGGUCAGUAAAUAAGCAACACACAAAUGGAAAAACCUUGUAGUUUUCCAAAACUGUUCUGAUUGUUGCAUUCUUUUACAAAUGGCAAAGGUUCAUGUUUUUUUUUUUUUUUUUUUUUUUUUGCUAGUAACUGCAUAGUGUUUCUUUAAACAAAUUACAGUAAUAUAUAUAUUUUUAAUUAACUAAUUAAGAAUUAUAUGUGGAAAGCGCUUGUUUAGAGGAAAUGUGUGUACAGCAGCUGACAGGAAAAAAAAUUCAACCAGCCACUCAGAACAUGAUGAUGCAAUACGAAUACAUCUUAAUGACAGAGUUGUACACAAACACACCUUCUAUUGCAACAUGUGCACACGACCUUGGCUGCGAAUAUAUCUCGGUGAAACAUGCGAGUUGAGAUUGCACAUGCAAAACCUUUUAGCGAUGUGACUCUGUGCCGUAUUGCAGUAUCACGUGCAUUGCGUGGUGUCACAUAGAUGUAAUUACAAGCAGAGAAACGCAUAUGCUAUGUACAGGUGCACACUUAUUUGCACCGGAUUUGGCAGAUUGUUCAGGUGGAGAGUCAUGAGAGCAGCGGAGAGAAACAAGAAGCUGUGCACCUUGAAAUUUGGGUGCUUUAAAGGCGUUACAGCUUCUUCUGCCUGAUGUAUUUUGUGCACGCAACAUAUAAUGCGUUCUGAUACUUUCAUUAUUUUGUGCACAUUAGAGAAAUGCUUAAAUAAUUUUGGCAGUGCAUCCAGCCAUUAACAAAGAUGAAGUGCUGGUUCACAUGCAUGUUUCUUUCUGAGCAAACAAAAUCUAUUCUGUGCUCAAUUAAUGUAUUUCCAGGUUUGUUGUUAGCCACAUAAAGACCAAAUAACAUUUAUCUCACAGGGUGUUGGUUUUUUUUUUCAGUUUGUCAAUUUGACAUUUAUGUGCACAGGAGCUAAUCAAACGUGGGAAAUAAUUGCAUCUUGUGCGCACACUAACAUUUUGGGUGCUCAAUAAGAAUCUGUGCAGCUCCUGAUUUCCUUCACUGCAAGCACAGUGGCGCACACUGUAAUGUGUGACUUGUUUUCUUCUGUUCUUCAGAAGCAUGUUUCUGCAUUAUGUUAAUAAGGAGUGAUUGCAUCAUAUCAUAGUGCAGCGAGUUUCCAACUUAAUAUUCAGUGUGUAAAUACUGCAUUUUACAGAUCUGUAGUAAAACAGCACGACUUCUCAAGCCACAUUAGAACACAAACAACACAGCUUUAAAAGAUGCAUUUUUUUCUGAAUUUAAUCGCUUUGAGGACAAAAACUAAAAUUCCAGUGGGAGGUUAAAGUGUUUAUUGUGGCUGCUUCUGACCCACCUUGUUCUUGUUUGUGGAAGGAUGUGGAUAAUAAUGCUUUGUGUCUGUUUGUGAGCAGAAGGAAACCCAACCUUAUUGUUCAGAAAACACAGCAAUGCUCCUUUAUGUUACAGUAGCUCCUACAUUCAUGCUUUAAUUAAUGAAGUGCCUUCUUUUAACACAGCAUUGACAGGAAUAUGACACAUACAACCUGAAGUGUGAGAAGAUUAAUAUUUGGAGCUAUAAAAUCCUUAUUUAAAGGGUUUUCAUUCUUACACUUAACCAUCAUGAAAUGUUAGUUUAAACUGAAGUGCUUUUAUACAUUUUGUGUCAGGCAGACUGUGUAUUGUUAUUACAACUACUACUACAAAAAAAUGGUGGAUGUGAUACAGCAAAUUAUAUAUUGACACUAAUCAUAUGCGCUCCAUUAAGACAAUGUAAGUAGCCUGUACAGUGUAGAAUAAUUAAUAAUAAUAAUAAAUACAAAUCUUAAUACCUA